CGCGACGAUGAUUAUUGAGCCAUUCAAUAAUUAUUAUUUUCAAGUUAUAACUGACUUAGCAAAGUCAUGUUAUUUAUUAAUCGAGAAACGGAAGCAGUUAUAUUUUAUUAAUGCUACUAGAAGUCGAGGAUUUAUUUCCGACAGCAAAGCAGAUUAAAUCUACGGAUUUAAUUUAAGUUAUAUUAUAGUUUAUCAAGUUAGCAGGCAAGGAAAAAAAUAUCAAACAGAUACAAUAACGGAUGAUAGAGAAUAGAAGCCAGUAUUUUAUUACAGUUCACGAAUACAGUCUACUUCCCAGCUUGGGGAAAAUUGUAUAGUAUUUUACAAGGUUGAAUUUACCACCAUUUGCUUCCCCACCACUACACCUACUCUUACACUCCACCAACUUCUCCAUUACAUUUGUUUUUCUCCACCAAACAUUCCACUUACUUCAUUCCUUAUGUCAUACACCAAGCACCAGAAAGGGAGAUGAAGUUCCUGCUGCCAACUGCCAAGUAUCGAGAGGUAAGUCUUGGCCUAAGUUUUCUUCAUUCCAUACUUGGUUCUUUCUGCAUUUGUUGAGAAAACAAUAUUUGCAAUUUCAGUUCCUUUCCCCAUUUAAUUCAUAGCAACAGACAACCACCGACACCAAGCAUUUCAGGUCAAGCGCGAGAGUAAGAACUACACAAGGAGUUAGAGUACCUUAGCAAAACUUUGCAAUCAGGUUGAGCUGUGAUGGGCGAUGAAGUGUUGUUGCUGAGUAGAGCUUUUGUCGAACUUAAAGUAGGCUCAGAAAGGAUACAUGUCUUCAUACAUGUAUCUCAGUUAUGCUUUCCGCUGUAAACACUGAUUAUUUCAGUUACGCCUUCCGUUGCAAACUCUGAUAAAGUUUUACUCAAGCCCCUAACGAUGCAUUUUUCCUUUUAAGGAAUAUAACGCGUAUUCAAGUUCUUUGAGUACCCUUUUUAUGCGAACUAUGCAUUUUUCCUUUUUAAGGAAUAUUUCACGCAUAUUCAAACUCUUUGAGUAUUCUUUUAUGCACCCCUUUCUAAACCCGCUUCUUAAUUUCCCUUCCCCAGUCAUGGUUUUCCCGGAUUAAUUAUCCUUAAUUAAGGCCGGUCGUGACAGAGUGGUAUCAGAGCAGUUCGUUUGCUCUGAGCCUAAGAGUUUAUUUAAGCCAAACUUAGAAUGGAUCACUAAAGUGUCUAGAGUUCAAUCGACAAAGCUCAGCACUUCAUCGCAUCACACUCAACGAAGCAGAAUGGUAUGCUCUUCCAAGUUUUGAGUUAAUGUUUACUAAAAAUGAGAACUAUCGUGAUAACAAAAGUGUGUAACUGUUAAUAGCUAUGUUAUGUUGUUAUUGAAUGAAAUGAUUUACGUAAGUACGAUUAAGUAUGCCUAUGGAAUGAAUCCCUAUGAACAUAGAACUAUUAAGAUAUGAGAUCACCACUACGACAGAACAUAGAAGCAAACAUAGAAGAAAUUAGAUUGUAUCUUUUGGUGGCUAUAGUGAAGGCAGCAAGAUAAGUGAUACGUAUAGAAUAAUUCUUAAGCUCAUGAUUUUAUAGCCGCUAUGAAUCUCCAUGACUUAUGCCUAAGUAUCCAAUUUAGAUGAUGAGAUAUUAUAUGCUUAAGAAUUUAUAUGACUCAUGGAUAUGAGAUGCUAAGGACCCUUAAAGCUUACUACAUCACUGCUGUCAUUGGAGUUAUGACUUGUUUACAAGUUAUAAUAAGUUGACAUUUACAAGAAUUCUUUUGAGGCUUGUAUUAGAUUAUGCUAGAGUGUACUAAUUGGCACAUAUUUGCUACCAGAAUGCCGCCUAAGAGAGGAAGCCCUGCGAGAAACAAUAACAAUCGCAGAAACCGUAACGCUGUACCCGAAGAACCACAAGAUGCUCGAGGACAUAACCCAUUCCCUCCGCCCCCAACUAGGAGAGUCGAAGAACUCUUUUUAAGGCAAAAUCCACCUACGUUUGACGGAACGAGUGAACCGGCUGAAGCUGAGAUUUGGGUGCGUGCAAUGGAACGCAUUUUCAACUUUCUACGUUGUAAUGAUGAGGAGCGCCUAUCUUGCGUCUCAUUCCAGCUAACAGGAUCGGCUGACUUCUGGUGGGAAGCACGUCGAAAAAUUCUGACACCUGAACAAUGGGCAAGUUAUACUUGGGAAGAUUUUAAGACAGGAUUAUAUGAUAAAUAUAUUCCGAAAAGCUAUAGGAAGAAGAAAGAAGCUGAGUUCUACGAGUUAAAGCAAGGAAAGAAAUCUGUGGUUGAAUACGACAAGGAAUUCUGCAACCUGUCUAGGUUUGCUCCCCAACAAGUGGACACAGAUGAGAAGAUGGCAGAGAAAUUUUGUGCCGGUCUACGGUACGAAAUUAAGAUGGCUCUAGCAAGUCACGGAGGACUCUCAUAUACGGAGUCUCUGAACAGGGCACUUGACAUUGAAGCCGCAAUGCCGUCAGACAAGUCAGCCCCACCAUUGAUCUCAACGCCAAACGACUUACCAGGAGCCUUACAUACUCUCAAAGGGAAGCGCAAGUGGGACAACAAUGAAGACAAUAUCAAUCCGAUUAAUAAGCAAGUAUGGCAAGAAUAUGAACGGGCCGAACAGUUUAUUCAACCAAGGUACGAGGCACAGACUAACCUCGAGUCAACUGGGGGUAGCCAAAGUCAGAGAGGAAUUUCACCUUGCCCAAAUUGCGGUAAAAUGCAUAGGAGUGUUUGUCGAGCUGGGACUAACGGUUGUUACAAUUGUGGUCAAAAGGGACACUACUCCACGCAAUGCCCCAACAGACAACGAGGUUCAGCAAUUGGGAACUAGAAAACAAGAUGAAGGAGAAAUACCCCGAACUGUUUUAACAAAGAUAUGCAAAUUUCGGGACGAAAUUUUUGUUAAGAGGGGUAGUAUGUAGUAGCCCGCUCUUUUAUUUAUAAUUAAAUCUAGUAAAUGCAAAUUAUUAUAAAUGAAUCCAGUUUAUGGUCCUGAUUUUUUUAAUAUCAGAAACGGAGUUAUUAUUUUAGCGUUAUACUUUUAUAACGUAUGAGAAAAACGCGACGAUGAUUAUUGAGCCAUUCAAUAAUUAUUAUUUUCAAGUUAUAACUGACUUAGCAAAGUCAUGUUAUUUAUUAAUCGAGAAACGGAAGCAGUUAUAUUUUAUUAAUGCUACUAGAAGUCGAGGAUUUAUUUCCGACAGCAAAGCAGAUUAAAUCUACGGAUUUAAUUUAAGUUAUAUUAUAGUUUAUCAAGUUAGCAGGCAAGGAAAAAAAUAUCAAACAGAUACAAUAACGGAUGAUAGAGAAUAGAAGCCAGUAUUUUAUUACAGUUCACGAAUACAGUCUACUUCCCAGCUUGGGGAAAAUUGUAUAGUAUUUUACAAGGUUGAAUUUACCACCAUUUGCUUCCCCACCACUACACCUACUCUUACACUCCACCAACUUCUCCAUUACAUUUGUUUUUCUCCACCAAACAUUCCACUUACUUCAUUCCUUAUGUCAUACACCAAGCACCAGAAAGGGAGAUGAAGUUCCUGCUGCCAACUGCCAAGUAUCGAGAGGUAAGUCUUGGCCUAAGUUUUCUUCAUUCCAUACUUGGUUCUUUCUGCAUUUGUUGAGAAAACAAUAUUUGCAAUUUCAGUUCCUUUCCCCAUUUAAUUCAUAGCAACAGACAACCACCGACACCAAGCAUUUCAGGUAAAUACUACACAAUGCAAUUCAGCUAUCUUCUCAUCAUACCAUCAGACACAUGUUUGAGUAGGAAUAUAGAGAUGUAAACGGGUAUAUAUGCUUAUAGAUCCAGCAAGUCACACGCUCAAUAUACAGAAAUCAAUUUAUGUAAUUACAAUUCUUCACAUGAGUCAGAUGAUGAGAAUGCUUUUGACAUUUGCAAACCAUAGUUCCUAGUUUAAUCUCUAACUUUAUCAAAAUAGGAACACAGAACAGAUCCCUUUAACUUCAAACCACAAACUAUUGUUUAUAUACAGACUUAUACAAAGAAGAAGAGGAAGAUAGAACAAAGACUUAGCUUUAAGAUAUAGUGCCGGCUGCCGGUUCGGACGAACCAAGGGGACGGCGAACCCCUGCUGCCGUGACGAACACCGAGAACAAAAACGGCGAACUAUCGAUUAUCUCGUCUGCAUCAGAUCAAUGACAGCAAGUGAGACCGGUGGUCGACGGCGUCUGACUCGCCGGAGAUGGAGGAAGGCAGAGGAUGAGGCUGAGACGCCGAUUUAAGCGCGAAGUUAGGACUUUCACUCUGUUUGUUUUGGAGACCACCUAUGCAUCGUGUGUGUGAGACUCAGAGAGGAGAGGAACUUCCUCUGGCCGGGUUACAAAAUCGGGACGGCGGAAUCAGGCGAGAAAGCUCGCCUCGAUACUUCACAAUUCGUGAAAUCGAGAGAGAACAAGAGAUCUCUUUGAGGGUUCUGCUCAGUGAAACCAAGAGGAAAGAAGACGCCGGACGGAACUGGCGGAAGCUGAACGACGCCGGACCUAAGCUCGGCGGCAGCCGACGCCGGUUGGAGCAUAGAAGGCGACUGAAGCUCGACUGAUGUUGAGAGAGACCGACUGAUUCUACGGAUUCCGAACGAAGGAGCAGCAGCGAUCGACGACGGCGCUCUCCCAGACGACGACCGCUGACCGGUACCGAGCCCGAGCAGCAGCAACUCCAGUCGGCGAUGGCUCCCAAACGACAGCAGCCCGGCGGAUUUCAGGCGAAGAUGCGGCCGCAGCAGCGACCUGGGUUUGACGAUUAGGGCUCUACGAUGAAGAAAACGGGCGAGAGGUGGCUCCCUCAGCCGGGCGAGGCGCUCGCCGGAGGAGAAGCGGCGCUGGCGAGAUUUGGGAAGAGAGGUUGCUGAUUUGGGUGGAGGAAUUGAGGAACAGAAGUCGUGAAAAUGAGAGAGAAAGAACCGAGAUUUCAUGUGAAGGAUUGGGCCAUUCUAUUGGGCCUUUGUAUUUUUUUUUAUUUGGGCUUGUGAAUUAUUUUCUUUUGGGCCGAAUUCUUUUAAGUUUGGGCCGAAAAAUUUAAGAUCGGGCUUAAUUUUAUUUCU